GAUCGUUACAUACAUUAACAUUUCAAAAUUUAUGCUGGAUUAUUUAUGUUAAUUUAUCAUCGCGCAAAGGGAUAUGGAUGUUCAUUGGUCAAAACAAAACAUAAUCAGGUGUUCUUUUGACCUGUCAAACGAACGAAAUAAUUGAUAAAGAAGAACCGAAACAUAUUUGGAACAAAAGAAGAAAUCAUACUACUUAGAAACGAAAUGAUUCUUCAAACUAUUGUGUUAACAUGACAUUUCAUCGAAAUCUCUCGUAAAUAUGGAAAAUUGAUGCGCCAUCAUUAUGGCAUCUGCAUCCAGCUUCAAAAUGAAUGAUGCUGAUACAAACUUCAUUCAUUGUAAUUAAACCCUACUGAAAUAUGGAGAUAGUUGGUGAUUACGAAUACAACAGGAAAGAUCUCAUUGGGCAUGGCGCUUUUGCUGUUGUCUUCAAAGGGAGAAACAGAAAGAGGCCUGAUAAUCCAGUUGCCAUCAAAAGUAUUACAAAGAAGAAUCUGGCUAAAUCACAGAAUCUUCUCAGCAAGGAAAUAAAAAUACUCAAGGAACUGUCAGACUUGCACCAUGAAAAUGUUGUAGCACUUCUUGACUGCAAGGAAACUACAAAUCAUGUCUACUUGGUCAUGGAGUAUUGCAAUGGUGGAGACUUGGCUGAUUAUCUUCAAGUCAAAGGAACCUUGAGUGAAGAGACUAUUGCUGCCUUCCUUAGACAAAUAGCUGCUGCCAUGAAAGCUUUGAAUGCCAAGGGGAUAGUACACAGAGAUCUGAAACCACAGAACAUAUUGUUGUGUCACAGUGGUAAACCUAACCCACAGGCUUCAGAGAUGAGACUCAAAAUAGCUGACUUUGGGUUUGCAAGAUUUCUUAAUGAUGGUGUGAUGGCUGCAACAUUAUGUGGUUCUCCUAUGUAUAUGGCCCCAGAAGUUAUAAUGUCCUUACAGUAUGAUGCUAAAGCAGAUCUAUGGAGCAUAGGAACAAUUGUAUUCCAGUGUCUGAAAGGCAAAGCUCCAUUCCAGGCUCAGACACCCCAACAACUUAAACAUUUCUACGAAAAACAUGCUGAACUUAAACCUAAUAUCCCCAAGGAUACCUCACCAGAACUCAGAGAUCUGUUGUUGAAGAUGUUGAAACGUAAUGCUAAGGACAGGAUUGAUUUUGAGGAUUUCUUUGUUCAUCCCUUUUUGAAACCUCCCUCGCCAUCACCUUCUUCUGCCUCGUCUCCUGUACCAGUUCCUGGUAGAAGUAGUCAAGGUUGUUCCUCAGAAAGUCCCACACCUCCACGCUGUGUGUCUGCUUCACCACUUUCUGGAAAAGUGCAAUAUUCUCCCCCACCUUUUAAACCCCCAAUUGCCAAACCAGAAGAUUUAGAACCUAUGCAGACCUCUCAGGAACCAAACGGAUUUGAGAAAAUAGAAAAAGACAACCGAUGUGAUAGUCCUGCUGGAGACGACUUUGUACUAGUACCAGGUGGAUUACAGGGAGAUAACUCAGACAACAGUGAUAGAAGUUCAGGUGAAGGACUUAAAAACACCCCGUCACCAUCUCACAAAGCUACAAUUAGUCCAAAGUCCAAAACAGUCAAAUUCUUAAAGACUGAAGAACAGACUAGUCCAAAUAGACCCUCAAGUUUACCAAUGCAUGUAGGCCAGGGGGGAUCGUCAGAGCCUAUUCCAGUGCCAACACAGGUUAAUGCCUACAAAAGGAUUAAGUCUGGUGGGUCGUUCAGUAGUCCACCUAAAGACAUGGAUAUUUCACCUUCUAGCUCAGCUAAGGAUAUGGAUAGAAAGAGCUCUUUAUCUAAAGCAUCUUGUGCUGUAGACGUUGGAUCUAUGUCUCCUCCUGCAGUGAAAUUUUCCAUCGGGACACCUCCAAGCUAUGCUGGAUAUAUAAGGAAGAGCAGCAUUGGGACAUCCCCUUGUUCCAAUAACAAUGUGUCCCCCUCCAACUCACCUCACAGAAGAAAUAGCUGCACUUCUCCUAUGAAUCAUGGAUUAGGGUCACUCCCUACUAUAAUGGGAUCACCUACCAAGUUUGGAGGCAAGUUUAUCGGUAGUCCUAGUCCAGAUGAAAUGGGUACAGAGCCAGUUAAUGCUGCAUUUGGUCAUUCAAGAACUAAAACAUUACCAGAUAACAUGGCUACUAUUCCAUUCUCAAGUGAAGUAAACCGUGUGAAGAAAAAUCUAUGGCAACAGAGAUCUAAGACUGAAACGAACAUUGCAGAAAACUUAAGUGGAGGAAGUAGUUUCCUAGCAGAACAGCUGAGAAGAGCAGUUAUUAAUAGCCAACAAGGAUCUAACCCAGGGGCAGUAAUGCAGUAUGGUAGUUUAGGUAGUUUAGGCAGCAGUAGAGAGAGAUUGUCUUCUCCAAUAAAGGAACGGUGUGGGUCAUAUGACUCGGAGCGGUCAGGGCUCUACCUUCAGAAAGUGGCUAACUCUCCAUCACCACCCAUGCUGUUUGCUCAGUCUCCACCUAACAUGCAAGGACCUGUGGCAUUCAUAGCCCCGGGUCUCAACGAAGAAACUCUUAUGGAUGAUAACCACAAUGAGACAAUGGGAAAACUAAGUUUUGUAAAUGACUUAGUAUCAUGUGUGAUGGAGCUAGCUCAAUCCAGAGGUGGACCACUGCACUCCCUGGCAGAAUCUGUUAGUUUACAUCAGGGUGAACAAUUACAAGAUCAGCCACCUAGAUUUACAGAAGCUCAAAGACGACUUGAACAGUUAGUGUUAUACGUCAGAGCUUUACAUCUCUUGUCUUCCUCUCUACAGUUGGCACAGAAAGAAAUCAAGUCAGAGAGAUUACAAGUCUCUAAGUCAUUAAAAACAGUCCUGAAGGAAAUGAAUGCUAAUUACCAUAAAUGUUUGUCAGUGUGUAAACACAUACAACAACGAAUGGGUACGGCCAUCCAGACAGCACUGACGCCUCAGUUACUGGUCGCCACUGCUGACAAACUUAUCUACAACCAUGCCAUUGAAAUGUGUCAAACAGCAGCAUUAGAUGAAUUGUUUGGUAACCCACAAGAGUGCUUUAGACGAUACCAGAGUGCUCACAUACUUCUUCACAGCCUAUCUCAACAGGCUAGAAAUGUCAAGGACAGAUAUCUUAUAAAUAAAUAUAAAGAUACUGUUGAGAGAAGAUUAACAAAUAUACAGAGUACACAGACAUUCAUGCAUCCCUAUGAGACCCCUGUCAGCUGAUAAAUGUCACAUGAUAGAUAUGGACUAAUAAAUGACCUUCAUUCAGGGUCACAAUCUUUACAUGUGACAAUAUUUAGACUUGAUUCCAUUGUGACCAAUGAAGUUUUCAUUACAAUAUCCAGUUAUGAAACAAAAUUGAAUUGGAUAUCACAUUCAUGAAAAAAAAUCAUCCAGCCCUAUGCAAUUGUAGCGUUCUACAAAUUAGAGGACACCAGCAGGGAAAACUUCAGUUUUUCAAGUAACCUAAGACAUGGAAUUAAGUUCCAUAUUGUGUUGUUGAUUUUAAUUCUAAUUCUUACUUUGAAAAUAGUCUUGUUAUGCUAGCAAAGUGUUUUAUAUAGCAUUGUCACAGAAGUUAAGCAUUUUGUGCUUAAGGAUAAGGACAGAAGCAUCUAUUUUUAGUUCAGGGAUUUUCCUGAAAUUAUUUAUUGAUGUUGUGCUUAAGGAUGAAGGAUAGAAGCUUUAAGAGUGAUUGUAAAUGUUUGUUAUGACUUAUUUAUUGUUAGUUGUAGUUUUGUGAGGUAUAAAUCCAGCUUGUGUUCUAUUAUAUGUGAUAUUAUGGAAUGAUGAAUGACCGAGUUGAUACAAACACAAAUUUGAUAAUCGUGUUUAAGAAAAGUUUUUAGUUUUUAGAGGUAUUGCUUACACCUGAUAAAAAUAUUGCCUUUAGAUUUUCCAUUAAUACUAUGACAAAGAUCUAGUGACUCACAGAUGAUAUGGAUUACAAUAACAUUUUUGUCACGGGAAGAGAGAAGAAAUACCCUGUUUUUACAUUAUUAUUUAUUACUAAUUACAUUACCAUGUUUUAUUUAUUUUACAUUUAUAUGCUUUUUAAAGAUGCUUGAAAGAAGGGAAGACAAAUGUUGGCUGUUGCCAGUUUAGAUUAGACAGAAUAUGUUAGGAAUUUUUUUAUUAGUCAAAAUAAGUGUCUAUUUUUAGUUCAUGGAUUUUUCUGAAAAUGUUUAUAUGGGGAGUUAGAGCAUCAAGGGUUGUGGUGGUAUCUGAAGAUCAGUGUAACGAUUAAAUUAGGAUGGAUUGAAUAGAAAGUAAUAUAAUGUUCCAGUUAUCUUAAAAAACCGAUAUAGAGAAAUUUGAAAAUUCAAAAAGGGUAUUUUAUGGUUCCUUAAAAGUGUAAAAAUAGUUGGAAAAUCAACAUAUAUAAAUAAAUAAAUAAUUUAGUAUUAUAAAUCGCAUAAAAAUAAGUACUUUUGAUUUAAAUCAGCAAAAAUUAGAUGCUUCAAAAAUAUUUCAUUUAUAGUAAAACAAACUUUUUGUAGAUUAUUUGAACAAGUUUAAUUAUUGAAAAUCUAUUGGUAAGGAAAAUCAUCUUUAUAUCUAUCAUACCACACUAUUUAUGUAAUCAUGUAUACAUUUUCUGCUGUCACAUACAUAAUAUACAGAACAACAACUCAGGGAAUUAUAUAUACCGCAUCAUCAUUCAAUUUGGAAUUAGGACAGGAAUAAUUGGAAAAUCAAGACAAUUAUGUUUAUAACAGAGGAUAUAGAUAUAUAAUAAUUAUUGAAAGAUACUGGAAUAUUUAUAUGUACAGAUCUGUUAAGAUUCAUAUAUUUGAAAAUAAAUUGAUGAAUUUAAAGUUUUGUGAGAGAGUCUGAAAGAUGAAGACUUAUUUAAAACAUACAGGUGAUCUGAUGGAUUACUGACCUACAUCAGUGUAAUUGAUUAUUCUUAGCAGACGACACUCUUACAUGUUUGUGCAGACCACGUUAUUUGACAGAUGAAAUUCUUACAUGUUUGUACAGACUAAAUUAUUUGGUAGACAAUUAUAUACUUACAUGUAUGUAGAUAAUACAUUUUUAUGUGACAUGUGAUGCAAUCCGAAAUGAGAAUUGUAUUUUUGAUGUAUGCAUAAAGUGAAAAUAAUUGUGUGCCAAUUUAAGUGCAAUUCAAUGAGAACCUUUAUGGAGGAAAUUUUUUUGUGUGCAGUGAAAUAUUGCAACAUUACAAAAUGGAAUUCCUUAUUUUAUGUUAAAAAUGUGAACAGAUUGUGAACCGAUUUGUGAAAAUUCAUGAAUGAACUGUGAUGCUAUUCUUGAAACAAGGAGAUCUGUCUGAAAACUAGACCAUGUGAUUUAGUCAUGUGACAGUCAUGUGACAAAUGUGAUACACUAAGAUGUGAUAAACUAAGUUAGAUUAACUUUUCAUGUAAAUAAAACCGUUUAUUAUAUACGUUUUUUUAGUAAAUAGUUGAAUUUUAUCACAUAUAUUCAACAGCAUUUGAUUCUAGGGAAAAUAUAAUAUGAUGGUCCGUUUUCUCUGGUACUUAUAGUUGAUAUUAUUUGCAUUUUAUUUUGCCAAAUACAUUGCAACCUUGCCAGUUCAAUUCCCUUAAGUUUCAAAUUUGUGUAUCAUUUUAAUUUGCUUCAUUAAUGAAAAUCAUUCUUAUUUAUUUUCAAUGCACCCAUACUAAAAAAAAAUGUAUAUGAAUGUAUGAAACUGCUUAAACUCAUUUUCAUUUUUUAAGGCAUUUUUUGCAUUGCCCAUGCAUAUUUGUAUUUUUGCCAAUAUAUAUUUUUCUUACAUGUUAGCUUAGUUUAGUUAUCCAUAUUAGUUUGUAAAUAUUUUAGAGAUCUCGUUAUUUUGCUGUAGUUUUAGUUAUUUUAAAGCAAUCAUUUUAAUUUUGUUUUUUUGGUGCUUGGAUAGUAUUAUUACAAAGCCUAUAUGUAACCUUUUCCUUUCUUGAUAGGAAUAAGUACAUGGUACAUAUUUUAAUACAUCAAUGUCGUUUUUAUGUUUUAUAUAUAAAGUCUUUCAAAAUUGUUGUUAUACACAGAGUGCAAGAGAGAGGGAUACAUGUGUGUUUUCCAGUAGUUGUGUUGUAGUUUAAAAAAUCAUUAGACUUGAAUACAUGAACUGUCUAUUUAAAAGUGUGAUUUCAUUUGAACGCAUGCUUCUGCUUAAUUCAAACUUGCAAGACCAGAAUGCUUCUUGAAAAUUGAAAUCAACUGCUAAUUUUUGACAGCUCGUACCUCUUUUUUUCACAUCAUAUCAUAUCUCAUAUGUAAGUAAACUCAUUCAACUUUUAACUUAAUUUCUAUGUGGUUAGAAUCAUUUAUAAAUAGUUUCACAGCAGUAAGGUGUAUUUAGACUGUCUCAUUUUAAAUUCAGACCAGGAAGUUUAGUACAAUUUUUUGUAUUCAAAUCAUUUACAUUGCUUUUGAUCAAUGUUAUACUUGAUUUGAUUACAUUAGAAAUACUGUAAAUAUUUAAUAUUAUUCUAUAUAAUGUAAGAGAGUAAUUACCUUUUUACAUAUCAACCUUUCUGCAUUGAUUUUAUAAAAAAGCAAUUUUAAGUCUGAUGUGAUGAUAUCUUUCAAAUUUGAUAUCAAACCUAAAAUGGUUAGAUCAAAAUGUAUGUAUCGAAAUGGUUUAUUAUGAACUUUGUUAAAUAAAAAAGAUAAUAUCUGUUUGUUUUGUAAAAUUCAAUGACGAAAAAAACCUUUUAGGGAUCACAUUAAAAUUAUUGUGUCUAAUAAACAGGAUAAAUAGAAUUGUCUUGAUGAACUGAAUUUCUUUGAAGUUGUUAUUAUUUUGAUUUUUUUCACCAUCAUGUUUAAGCUAAGGCAUUUUCAGAAAUAAUUUCAGCACACUAUAAUUCCUAAAUUUGUAGUUUUUAAUGAUGCAUAUUUAUGUUAGCGAGUAAUUACAGGUAAAUGUUAUUUAUUUAUCGUUGAUGUUUUUAAUAAUUUUAUUAGUAGCUUAGAAAUGUGAUGCAAGUGCAAUUUGAUAUGAUAAUCUGAUGCUAAAAAUAGAUUUCAUGGAUACUGUCAAUUAAAUGAGAAUUUGAUUUAUUUUUAUUGCUUUCAAAACUCAAAAUAAACAAUAAAUAUUUAUGAUAAAAAAAAAUUAUUUGGCAUUCAAAUCAUGAAUUCUGAAUUUCAUGUUUGACAACAAUACUGAUAAUAUGAACCAUUGAUUGGUGUAUGGAAACAAAUAAAAUCGUUGUGAAGUUGUGAAAUCAAUCAUCAUUUAACUUACCGUAAUGAAUAACAGUAGUAUUGUGGUUUUGAUAGUUUAUGUUAAUUUUAUACUUAAACUAAAUUUUUCAAAGUGCUUUUUUUGAAAUCCAACCUUUAAAACAUGUAAAAUAGGCUCAAGAACAUUCCAUACCAUAUGUAUUAUUGAAGUCAUUUGUGUUUUAUUGAAAUUCUUAGUCUAUACCAGGAAUAAAUUAGUGUUAUGUAAAAUAAUUGAAAGAAUGAUUUCAAUGGGAAGUAACUUCUGGUACCAUGAAGAGAAAAUGGGAAUAUCAACUCUCAAAUAUGUUAAUUUGAAAGUUCAUAAUUUCUAUGGUAACUGACAAAAAUCUCAGAUGAAAGAAUAAUUAUGUUUCAUGGUGCUGGACUCCUAUUCAGACUUAUGGAUUGGUAAUCUCAUGUAACUAAAUGGUGUCUUACUUAUUGUGCUAUAACUAACUUAAAGCAUUUUAUAUAUGAAUUGAAGAGAAUUAAGGACAUGAUGGCAAUAAGUGAUAUACCUCUCCAAUGUGUUUUAUGUAUCAUAUUUAUUUAAAAGAUGUGAAAUAAAAUCAUAAAACAUCUAGA